AUGUGUAUCAGGACUAUAGGAGGAGGGACAGAGGAGGGACAGAGGAGGGACGGUUCACACAGCUGUAGCAGUGGCUCAACAGCCUUCCAGGUCGCCACAGACCCAGAACAUCCCUUGCUUUGAUACCCUCAUCAUGGAGGACAGCGCAGCAGGCUGUCUCUGUUUUGGUUAGCUUUAGGAAGUCCCCAGAGGGAAACAGUCCUGGUGUGUGUGUCUGUGUUCUAAGGAGUCCUGAGAAUUGAGCAGCUGGGUAAAUACUAUCCUGGUAAUGGCUCUUGACUAGAGGUCCCAAGGCCAGGUUUAGAGAGAAGGGAGGAUGAGGCUAAUUAGACAUCAGAAGAAUAGCUAUUCAAAAUGUCCACAGUGGUGCCAGGACUACCUGCUUUCCCAUAGUCACUUCCCUGUUGUUAUUCUCCUCCUCUCUACAGUGAACCUAUUGGACUCCAAAGCCAGCCAGGGGGAGCUGGGAUGGAUCUCCUACCCAUCACACGGGGUGAGUAGUAGACAAAUGUAUCAUGGUUUACACACGUCUUUACAUUCUAUCGUGUCUGGUCAGCAUUCUGUCCUCUGAGCAGAUUUGUAGGUUUUAAUGGUGCUAAGGACAUUUCGAAACAAACAAUACAAGCUUAUCUUAUUUUCUGUAAUCCUAUGAGCUAAAUCAAGUGGUGUUAACCUAUGCCUGUAUUAGAAGCUAAAUCCAGUGAGAUUAACCUAUCCAUAGGUUAAGUAUGUGAUAGGCUCACCAUAUGGGUUGGGGAGACAGAUUGUGUUUCUUUGUCUUGUUAAAGAGGAGGAGGAUCAGCUUGUAAUAUGGUUUGGAUUGUCGGCAAAAACAGAACAACAACACAUGUCGAUAAAGCCCUAACUAACAUAGUAGUACAAUAAAGCAAUCAAACCUUACUAACUUAGUAGUACAAUAACGCAAUCAAACCUUACUAACUUAGUAGUACAAUAAAGCAAUCAAACCUUACUAACUUAGUAGUACAAUAAAGCAAUCAAACCUUACUAACUUAGUAGUACAAUAACGCAAUCAAACCUUACUAACUUAGUAGUACAAUAAAGCAAUCAAACCUUACUAACUUAGUUGUAGGGCUGGGUGAUAUGGCCAAAAUAAUUCAAUUUAUUUUAAAGGUAUGAUGGUAUUUGACGGUAUUUGAUGUUUUUGAAUAAUAAAUAAUACAAGUUCUAAAUUUGCUUUAUGAGUAGGGCGUGACCCUACUGUGGCAAGACAUACAUUCUAAGUGAUUUCAAUGGGUCUUUCUCCAUUCUGAUUGUUUUAUACUGUUCAAUUCAACUUCAACCAAAAAUUAUUUCCUGCACUUCCAUCAAUUUUUGCAUUUUCUGCACUCAUUUGAGAUAAUUUCCACACUGGGCAACAAAAACGAAGCCUUAUUUUUUUACCAAAUGUUUCAAAUGCGAUUUGACUUUCGAUUUAGAUCAAAACAGAUCAAAACACUGUUCAAGCAACAACAAAUGUGCUCCUUGAGUGGCAAGGGGCGGGGCUAUGUCUGUGUGGAAAGCGGCAUGGAGAGAGAGCGGAGAGGAAUGACUUAAGUAGCAGUGUAAACUAUAAAAAUGGACAUUACACGCGGCAUAUCACAUUUAACAAACCAAACAUUCAAAUACUGUUAUAGAAGGUAAAGUAAAAACCCAAACCGGUCUGUGCAUCAAUACCGAUAUAUAGUCAAAUAUGGAAUACCGCCCAGCCCUACUUAGUAGUACAACAAAGCAAUCAAAUCUUACUAGUAGUACAACAAAGCAAUCAAACCUUACUAACUUAGUAGUACAACAAAACAAUCAAAACACAAAACUGCAUGACUACCUUCCCUUCCCUAAUCCACCUACUUCCUCCUGUGUCUCUACCAAUGCCACGGUCUGAGUCUGCGUGUGUGUGUGGUUCUGUGUGGGGGUCUACUGUGUUUAUUUGUCUACCCGUUAUAGGACUGGCCUCGUGGGCUGUAGCAGCCAAUUCCUCCUCUGAACUUUAUUAAGUGUUGGCUGGCUGGAGCUGAAGGUAAUCCACUCAUUUGUUCUAUAGAGCUGCCAGCCCUGGUUUCCCCCAGCUAUAUAUUAACUACCGGCACUAUAAAACCUAGAGGUUAUUUUAUAAGGUUGAACCAAACACACUUACAGAACACUGACUUUUAAUGUUUCAUGCUUAUUUUGGACCGGGUUUGAGGCCAGGUUUGGGUAAUUGACAUAACCUUUGAGAGUGGGAACUCCUGUAGGUAAAGUUAGAAAGAUUCAGAUUCAACAUGCAGUGAAUGGGUUCAACUAAGGUACAGUUCAUAGAUACACUACUGAAUCAUUCUGCAGAAACCACUGCCUGCUGUGGUCUUGAACGGUGAGAGAGAGGGGGAUGAAGAGAGAGGUAGAGAGAGAGAGCUGGAUGAAGAGAAAGGUGGAGAGAGAGAGAGUGCUGAUGAUCAAGUCCUCAAGGUGAAUCAUGGGUAAUUACUCAUGUCGUUGGCUGACGGCGGCUGAUAAGCAUUCUGUCCUGAGAGCCAGUCCUUCUGAAAUUAUUUCUCAAAAUACGGUGGCAUGGGGCCACACACACACACACUGACAGUGACAGAUGGGCCCCUGGUCUUCUGCCGCUGUAAGCAAAGUGAUACCCAGUGUUAAGGCACAAAAUGCUCCGGUGUUACAGCAAAAACAGCACCCUAACCCCACUGUGCACCCUAGACUCAUUCUAAUUCAGUCAUGGCCCUGGGGUGUGUGUCACGGUCACUCUGGUGUCGAUUAGGAGUUCUUGAUGACUCAUUGUAGAUUAAGAUGUGGACGACCUCAUCAUCAUGGUGCCCUCAGCAGGCCCAUGUUUCACAUCUUUGGAAGGAGAAAUCCCUAACAAUUUACCCCCACCAAUUUACAGAUAUAUUCCACAUUGUCUGAGGAAUCAGAGGAGGAACUCGUCUCCCACUGAAUAUCAAGUCUGGAAUAAUAAGAAACUCUAUAUGGUGCUGGGAGCCUGAGGUCUGGGCCUACAAAAACCUGUACAUACUAUGCACUCUUGGCAUCGCCUUAUCCACACUACAUUACUGUUCUCCAGUCCAGAGCCUAAUGGCACAGCUCUUUUGGCCAGCGUCCACCGCUCCUCAGUCUCCAUGUAUUGUAAUACCCAAACUCAUUUAGUCACCAUAGCACCAUAUUCCCCCAAAUACAAACUGACUGACUGACUGAGUGAGAGGCCCCCAGCUGCACUGGGAGAGAAGAGAAAAGCCUGUCCGUAAACGAGAGAUUAGCACAUGGUGAGGCCUGGAGAGGGCCUGCUAUAGAGGGGGACUGUAGGGCUGUGGGGGGGGGGGGGGGGGGGGGGGGGGGUUAUGUUAUGGUUUCUCUCUGGUCAAAGCUGUGAUGAAAAGCUUCUGAGUUCUGUCAUGGUGAGCCAGAUCAGGAAACUAAAGCUGCUCUGCACUUGUUUUUUCUCUGGUUACUACCACACUGUGGGAAUGGAGUCCCCUGUAGCUCAGUUGGUAGAGCAUGGCGCUUGCAACGCCAGGGUUGUAGAUUCAUUUCCCACGGGGGGCCAGUAUGAAAAUGUAUGCACUCACUAACUGUAAGUCGCUCUGGAUAAGAGCGUCCGCUCAAUGUCUAAAAUGUAAAUGCAAAUUAGAGAGAAAAAUAAAGAAAGAAAUUACUUGUCUCAAUCGAGCAGCUGAACCGGACUCCUUAUUGGACAUUAGUCAGAUCAAUGAAGCUUCAGAUUUCACCACUGACCUCUCUGUUGGGUCACAGCCAUUGAUAUCAGCAGUCAGGCCCCAUUACAUUUCUAACCCCUGAAUACAUUGAUUCAAACUGUAAAUAAUAUACAUUGUUUCAAUUUUAUGUUCAGAAAAUACCUUAGAUGGUUGAAAACAAGGCAACAUCAAAAUUAUGUACAAAUAUAUCUGUUAUCUAAAUGUCAUUGGCCAGAAGCUGUGUCCCUCAGGCCUUUGAAGUGGCCUGUGAAGCCCGCUGCUUGGUCAGUUGGUCAGAGUGUCUGAUCAUUAUGUGGACCAGCCUCAGUGUCUCAGGUUCCCCCUGGUUUUACUGCAGCAGCCUGCUCUACCUACAGCACAGAUCACAGAGCCCUGCAACUCCCAUCAGCCAGGGUUAUGUCCACUCCCCCCCCCCCCCCCCCCCCCCCCCCUGACCUGGGUCAGAGUUCAGGGGUAGGGUCUGAAUGUUGUUUUAUAUCAAUUAGUGUGAGAGAGUUGUCCUGACAUAUAGAAAAGUGGUGUUGCUAGUUUUAGACCCCUAACACUGCUUGACACUGGCCUGCUACUGGCCACAUAGAGCACUUUCUGUCAGUCACUCUGUCACUUUCUCUCUCUCGGUGUGUUUCUCUCUGGAGCACACACACUCGUUCUCUCCUUUUAAUAAUGGAAACCCAGUAACUGUAAUUCUGACCUCACAGGCAUUUAAAUUAAGAGGAUGAGUAUGGAAACUGAGAAACUUGUGUGUGAGAGUGUAUGCACUUGUAUGUAUGUGUGUGUGUGUUGUGAGUGUGUGUCUGUGAAGGCUAAAUCACAGGGGUCAUGUAUAUGAUACUACCACAGGGCUGUAGACAUGUCAGUCUUUUCUAACUAAUGUAAUUCCACUGUAACGUGAUCAGGAGAAGGAUUAUAACGUUAUUUCAUAUCUCCCUAUCUGAAACACCACCUCUCCUUUCUCACUACCCCGCUGCCAGCGACUCAGCUAGCUGGCAGCUUGUGUGUGUGUGUGUGUGUGUGUGUGAGCAUGCUUGUUGGCCUGCCUUCAUAGCCAGUGCACACAGGGGAGUCGUGUUAGGGCUUUGCCAACUGCUGGUUUAACCGUUUCAUUUCUCUCUCUCCUCUUUCCCCCUCUCUCUAUCCCCUCUCCCCCUCCUGGUUGGUAUCAGUGCUGUAAAGAGAUAGUAUAUACAAGCCCAAUGUCAUCAUCACAGCUAGAGAGGAGCGAGAGGCUGUACAGUUGAGAGAUGACGUCUCAUGCUGUGCAUGUGUGUGUGUCAAAGACAUGCAGAAAGAGAGGAAGAAAGAGUAAAAAGGAGGAAGGAAUAGUGGAAAGGAGCGAGGGAAGGGUGAAGUCUGUCAUAAUGAUGUAAUGUAUGGCAGGGGCUGGUCCAUGUAAUAUGUUAUUCUGCAGUGUAUGAUCAGCACAUCGUAUAAGAACUUUCAUUUGUUUUGGCAGCAGUGGUUUAAAGCACAGUAAUUCUCUGGAAUGGGAUGAUACAGGCACACACACACACACGCACGCACACGCACGCACACACGCACACACACACACACACACACACACACACACGCACACGCACGCGCACACAUACACACGCGCACACACACACACGCGCACACACACACGCACACACGCGCACACACACACACACACACGCACACACUGCAAGUCUCAGUUACUCUGAGCUGCCACCUGGAUUUCAUUUCUAACCUCUGCUUCAACCGCCCCUCUCUAACCGCGCUGGCAAGCCUGUGUGUGUGUGUGAUCCUAUUCCAUUGUGUGUGCAUACCAGAGAACUCACACAAAGACAGCAUUAGUGGAAAGAGCCAGCACUAACAAUUACAUUUGAUCUAUUUCAAUUUGCAUCAUAUCGCUCUACAUGAAGACACAUAAACUCAUAAUACUAUAAACCCUGUUCCCUAGAUCCCACAGUGAUCUCCUUUCAGAGCGAGAGAGCAAGGUUUGUUCGUACCCUUGUGCCUUAAAGCUAAAGGUCUGUGGAAGGAGGAGAAAGAAUCCUCUCUAAUUCUGUAAAGAGACUUCCAUAUGUAGAAGAUGUGUGUGAAAAUAAUACCUGGCUUCAACAGAGGCAAUCAGAGAGAGGGAGGGAGCGCAGAGAAGUUAUGGUUGUUGACAGAGCAAGAGAAAUGGGGGACGGAUAAAAUAAGAGAAAUUAUGAAUGCUGUUGGUUGCCAAGUAAAUCACUAUUAUUGUAAUAGAAAACACACUCUGUUCAUAACUAAAAUGAAGUUCCACUUACCCAGAGCAGACAUCUGUGUGUAGGAGAGACUCAUUCAUUCAUUCAGCCACUCACUGACUGAUGGAGAAUAAUGUAAUUUAAAGCCAUACAUUAAAAUAAGUGUCACUUUAGCCACAAUAAUAACCAUUGUUCAAGUGUUUCCCUAUUCAUCACAGCUUUGAUUCAAAGUUUAACCGUUGGGACAGGGAGACUAAACUACAUGAUGCAUGAUUAUCCUGGUGUGUUUAGAAUAAAGAAAUGGAAUGACUUUCUUUCUCUCUCCCCCUUUCUUUCCUCCCUCUCCCCCUCCCCCUCUCUCGCUCUUCUCAGUGGGAGGAGAUCAGCGGAGUAGACGAGAACUACACUCCCAUCAGGACCUUCCAGGUGUGUAACGUGAUGGAGUAUAGUCAGAACAACUGGCUGAGGACCAACUGGAUCCCACGCCAGUCAGCCAAGAAGAUCUACGUGGAGCUAAAGUUCACCCUGAGAGACUGUAACUCCAUCCCCCUGGUCCUGGGGACCUGCAAGGAGACCUUCAACCUGCUGUACAUGGAGACAGACGAGGACCAGGGCAGCCGCUUCAGAGAACACCAGUUCUCCAAGAUCGACACCAUCGCUGCAGAUGAGAGCUUCACCCAAAUGGACCUGGGGGACCGCAUCCUGAAACUCAACACGGAGGUCCGGGAGGUGGGGCCUGUUACCAAGAAGGGCUUCUACCUGGCGUUCCAGGAUGUGGGGGCGUGUGUGGCGCUGGUGUCAGUCAGGGUGUACUUUAAGAAGUGCCCGUUCAUCGUUAGGAACCUGGCCUCCUUCCCUGAUACGGUGCCCAUGGACUCUCAUUCAUUGGUGGAGGUGAAGGGCUCGUGUGUCAAUCACUCCAAGGAGCAGGAGCCACCACGUAUGUACUGUAGUACAGAGGGAGAGUGGCUAGUGCCCAUAGGGAAGUGUCUGUGUAACGUCGGCUAUGAGGAGAGAGGGAGCUCCUGCCAAGGUAAGACAAUUUUACUACUCCCUGUACUACUUUUGUAUUCUGUAUUUCUUUUUUUCUUUUGCCCUCUGGUUUUUUCUCCCCCUCUUUCUUCCCCCUCUCUUUUUAUUUAUUUCUUAUUUUAUCUCUCUUUCACCUCCCUAACUCUCCAUUGCUGAAAUAUACAUUCCUAGUCCAUACUGAACAUAGGCUCUGAGUGUAUAUAGUACCUUGUUAUGUUUUGAAAGCACGGUUUCAGCUGUGAUAAAGUUCUGAUCUAUUACACAGAUACACACACCUCAUAUCGGCCAUCUCUGGCCUUCGCUCUAACCACUAGAAGCCCAGUAUGGGAUGUGUGUAUGAGGAUUUGGUGAGGAGUUCUGUGUGUGUCUGGUAGAGGGCCCAGCUUGCAGUAGUUAUAUCAGUGAGCUCCUCCUCUCUCACCUCAUCAGGAUGGAGGAAGGACCAGUUCUCUGUGGGUCUGUCUGCUGUUGGAGGCCAUGAAGAGAGGGGGAUAUCAGAGGAAAGGGUGUGUGCUGCUGAGGACUGGGACAUGAUGGGGAUCUGGGCUGGUGUUUUGGGUGUUUUGACAUGGGUGGAGGGCUGGGAAAUAGGCCUGGAGAAGAUUAUGUUAUAUGAUAUGGUGUGUGCAAAGAUAUGGUGAUAUGAUGAGAUGGUGUGUGUAAGGGGAACUUUUUGUUCCAAUUGGAGAACUGUGCCCAGAGAAAUGACUACAGCUCAGAACGCCAAGAGACCAUCUACUCCUCUUCUCUCUUUUCAGAAGGGAAUGUUUUCUGUGUUGAGCGCUGUGUGA